AUGUCAUCUACUUCGUUCAAGUCGCCGUCGACAACUACGUCAACCACGUCGGUGGCCAUCACUCCCUGGGUACAACGGGGCUCUUGCGCUUCGUUAUGGGAGACGGAACUCACAUCGACAUCUACAAAUGGCUCCUAUGAGACCAUGACUAUUUUAGCUUCCAACAUGGCUGAUCCAAGAUUUUCCUCUUGUCAGCCAUCCGGUGACUGGAAUUACUACAACAUGGAAGCAACCUCCACGUUGUUCCAACUUCCGGAAUAUGGUACGUUGUGGCUGGAGGAGCAGAUUUCAACAGCAUACUGCUGUGCAAGUGGUUUUCACCUCUGGACAGAAAAGUCUAAGUUCCCUGUCUCCAGCCUGGCCGACGGGGCCUGCGUUCGCAGCGUGAACGGCGAUACCCCAACUACCAUCUCACUCGUUCCGGCAAGCAUUACUGAGCCAGUGCCUGUGAUUACAAGUGGGAUUCUCGCACACCGUGCAUGGGCGAUUACAUGGGCGGCAACCGAUACACCAUACAUGUCGCCAUCACUCCCAACAUUGAAAAGUAGCAUGCUGGUUCCAACGUGGACACCUGGCGAGAUUAUCCCCGAUGGAAAAUAUGACCAUCUGGGCAUCCAGCCGCAUACGGAACACAAAUUAAUUUAUGUGGCUAUUAUUGUGCCUUCCAUAAUUGGUGGUUCGCUGUUUGUGUGUAUGCUUUUGAGCUGCGUCAGGUGGAACAAGAAGAGAAAGAAGAGGGCGGAAGAACGGGGGGAUGGAUCUGGUACGGAGGGAAACGAUGCGCGGAAAUUUGAUGAGAAAGAAGUCCAAAUCUCUGGGGAAAAUAUCCAAUAA